CGGUGCGGAGCCUGCCUCCUUCCCUGGAUCCCGCAUUUUCAGCGCGUUGCAUCACCUCCGUGCGCCGGAUUGCAGCUUGCUUUUAGGCUUGCUGGCCCGCGAGGCUGUCGAGGCACGCGGGGCUCCUCAGCAACAAAAUGGUUCAACAAGUUCCAGAAAACAUAAAUUUUCCUGCUGAAGAAGAGAAAAUCUUGGAGUUUUGGACUGAAUUUAAUUGUUUUCAGGAAUGCUUAAAGCAAUCAAAACAUAAACCAAAAUUUACCUUCUACGAUGGUCCUCCUUUUGCAACUGGACUGCCUCACUAUGGACAUAUACUUGCGGGUACAAUUAAAGAUAUAGUUACAAGAUAUGCUCACCAGAGUGGGUUUCAUGUUGACAGAAGAUUUGGAUGGGAUUGCCAUGGCUUACCUGUGGAAUAUGAAAUUGAUAAGACACUGGGAAUCAGAGGACCAGAGGAUGUGGCCAGAAUGGGGAUUACAGAGUAUAACAAUCAGUGCCGAGCAAUUGUGAUGAGAUAUUCUGCUGAGUGGAAGUCUACUGUUAGCAGACUUGGCCGAUGGAUUGACUUUGACAAUGACUAUAAAACUCUGUAUCCAGAAUUCAUGGAAUCUGUCUGGUGGGUCUUCAAACAGCUCUAUGAUAAAGGCCUUGUUUAUAGAGGUGUGAAAGUCAUGCCCUUCUCUACCGCAUGUAACACUCCACUUUCCAACUUCGAGUCACACCAGAAUUAUAAGGAUGUUCAAGAUCCUUCAGUAUUUGUAACUUUCCCUUUGGAAGAAGAUGAAACUAUAUCUUUAGUUGCUUGGACAACCACUCCCUGGACUCUACCUAGUAACCUUGCUGUCUGUGUUAAUCCAGAAAUGCAAUAUGUGAAAAUUAAAGAUGUUGCCAGAGGAAGAUUACUCAUUUUAAUGGAAGCCAGAUUGUCAGCCCUCUAUAAAUUGGAGAGUGACUACGAGAUCCUUGAAAGAUUUCCUGGUGCCUGUCUCAAAGGCAAGAAGUACAGGCCCCUGUUUGACUAUUUCGUGAAGUGUAAAGAGAAUGGUGCUUUCACUGUGCUUGUUGACGACUAUGUGAAGGAAGAGGAAGGCACAGGGGUUGUCCACCAAGCUCCUUACUUCGGUGCUGAUGACUAUCGGGUCUGUAUGGACUUUAACAUUAUUCGGAAAGACUCACUCCCCGUUUGCCCUGUGGAUGCUUCAGGCUGCUUCACAGCAGAGGUGACAGAUUUUGCAGGACAGUAUGUAAAGGAUGCUGACAAAAGUAUCAUCAGGACUUUGAAGGAACAAGGCCGACUUCUGGUUGCCACCACCUUCACUCACAGCUACCCUUUUUGCUGGAGAUCAGACACUCCUCUGAUUUACAAAGCAGUGCCCAGCUGGUUUGUGCGAGUGGAGAACAUGGUGGACCAGCUCCUAAGGAACAAUGACCUGUGCUACUGGGUCCCAGAGUUGGUACGAGAAAAACGAUUUGGAAAUUGGCUGAAAGAUGCACGUGACUGGACAAUUUCCAGAAACAGAUACUGGGGCACCCCCAUCCCACUGUGGGUCAGCGAUGACUUUGAGGAGGUGGUAUGCGUUGGGUCAGUGGCAGAACUUGAAGAACUGUCAGGAGCAAAGAUCUCAGAUCUCCACAGAGAGAGUGUUGACCACCUGACCAUUCCUUCACGCUGUGGGAAGGGAUCCUUGCACCGCAUCUCUGAAGUGUUUGACUGUUGGUUUGAGAGUGGCAGCAUGCCCUAUGCCCAGGUUCAUUACCCGUUUGAAAACAAGAGGGAGUUUGAGGAUGCUUUUCCUGCAGACUUCAUUGCCGAGGGCAUCGACCAAACCAGAGGAUGGUUUUAUACCCUGCUGGUGCUGGCCACGGCCCUCUUUGGACAACCGCCUUUCAAGAACGUAAUUGUGAAUGGGCUCGUCCUGGCAAGUGAUGGCCAAAAAAUGAGCAAACGGAAAAAGAAUUAUCCAGAUCCAGUUUCUGUCAUCCAGAAGUAUGGUGCUGAUGCCCUCAGAUUAUAUCUGAUUAACUCCCCUGUGGUGAGAGCAGAAAACCUCCGCUUUAAAGAGGAGGGGGUGCGGGACGUCCUUAAGGAUGUACUGCUCCCAUGGUACAAUGCCUAUCGCUUCUUAAUCCAGAACGUUCUGAGGCUCCAGAAGGAGGAAGAAAUAGAGUUUCUCUACAAUGAGAACACAGUUAGAGAAAGCCCCAACAUUACAGACCGGUGGAUCCUGUCCUUCAUGCAGUCUCUCAUUGGCUUCUUUGAGACUGAAAUGGCAGCUUAUAGGCUUUAUACUGUGGUGCCUCGCCUGGUCAAGUUUGUAGAUAUUCUGACCAAUUGGUAUGUUAGAAUGAACCGCAGAAGAUUAAAGGGUGAAAAUGGGAUGGAGGAUUGUGUCAUGGCCCUGGAAACCUUGUUUAGUGUUCUGCUUUCUCUUUGCAGACUUAUGGCUCCCUACACACCUUUUCUCACUGAAUUGAUGUACCAGAAUCUAAAGGUGCUGAUUGACCCUGUUUCUGUUCAGGACAAGGACACACUCAGCAUCCACUACCUCAUGCUGCCCCGUGUUCGAGAAGAAUUGAUUGACAAGAAAACAGAGAGUGCAGUCUCUCAGAUGCAGUCUGUGAUUGAACUUGGAAGAGUGAUCAGAGACCGAAAAACUAUUCCCAUAAAGUAUCCUUUGAAAGAAAUUGUGGUUAUCCAUCAAGAUCCAGAAGCUCUUAAAGAUAUCAAGUCUUUGGAGAAGUAUAUCAUUGAGGAACUGAAUGUUCGAAAAGUUACAUUGUCUACAGAUAAAAACAAGUAUGGCAUUCGGCUAAGGGCAGAACCAGAUCACAUGGUCCUGGGGAAGCGUCUGAAGGGAGCCUUUAAGGCAGUGAUGACGUCCAUCAAGCAGUUGAGCAGUGAGGAGCUGGAGCAGUUCCAGAAGACUGGGACCAUUGUUGUGGAAGGCCAUGAAUUGCACGAUGAAGACAUCCGCCUCAUGUACACCUUUGAUCAGGCCACAGGUGGGACUGCGCAAUUUGAAGCACACUCAGACGCUCAGGCUUUGGUCCUCUUAGAUGUCACUCCUGACCAGUCAAUGGUAGAUGAAGGAAUGGCUCGGGAAGUCAUCAAUCGCAUACAGAAACUUCGCAAAAAGUGCAGUCUGGUUCCAACUGAUGAAAUCACAGUGUACUAUAAAGCGAAGUCUGAAGGAACAUAUCUGAAUAAUGUUAUUGAAAGCCACACAGAGUUCAUAUUUGCCACCAUAAAGGCUCCCUUGAAACCAUAUCCAGUUUCUCCAUCAGAUAAAAUCCUUAUUCAAGAAAAAACACAGUUGAAGGGAUCUGAACUGGAAAUUACACUCACGAGAGGAUCUUCCCUUCCCGGUCCUGCUUGUGCAUAUGUCAAUCUUAACAUUUGUGCAAAUGGCAGUGAACAAGUGGAUCAUGCCUGUAAUCCUACCGCUUUUGGAAGCCAAGGUGGAGUAUUGCUCCUGGAAAAUCCAAAAGGUGACAAUAGGUUGGACCUUUUAAAGCUGAAGAGUGUUGUCACUAGCAUUUUUGGUGUGAAAAAUACAGAGCUGGCUGUCUUCCAUGAUGAAACAGAAAUACAAAACCAAUCUGACUUACUGAGUCUUAGUGGAAAAACACUUUGUGUGACUGCGGGAUCGGCUCCCCCUCUGAUCAACAGUUCUAGUACUCUUCUUUGUCAGUAUAUCAACCUACAGCUCCUGAAUGCAGAGCCACAAGAGUGUUUAAUGGGGACAGUGGGCACUCUCCUGCUUGAAAACCCACUUGGGCAGAAUGGACUCACCCACCAAGGUCUUCUGUAUGAAGCAGCCAAGGUGUUUGGCCUUCGGAGCAGGAAGCUAAAGCUGUUUCUGAAUGAGACCCAAACACAAGAAAUUACAGAAGACAUCCCCGUGAAGACUUUGAAUAUGAAGACUGUAAUUCACAGCACCAGUUACCUCUGGGAUGAAAGGUGGAAGAGGCACAGAAAUAGGGACGAUCGCAUGAACACUGGGAAGCCUUAUAGCUUCUCCCAUUUCCACGUUGCUAAGCAACUCUUCCCCCCACAGUUGGCAUCUGGAAGGUAAAAAGUGACUGGUUGGUAGAAGUCGGAGUGAAUGGAAGACGAGUACUUGUAAGCCUGGAGGAUUCCUAAAACCAACCCUCAGGUUAGAUAAUUUGCUAGAAUGAUUCAGAACUCAAUGAAAGCUAUUGUAUUCGUGGUUACAGUUAACGACAGGGAAAUGUUAAAGAUCAAAAUCAGCCAAAGGAAGAGAAGAGGGCAGAGCUUGGGAGAAGUACCAAACACAGCUCUUGUCCUGUCUCUCUGAAGUCAGAAAGCAUUACUCUACUGGCAUCAGUGUGUGACAGUACGCACAGAGUAUUGCCAGCCAGGGAAGCUCACCCAAGCCUUGGAACCCAGAGUGUUUAUUGAGGCUGCUUUACAUAUCCAUGAUUGAUUGUCCAUGUGGUUAAUCGCAGUCUCUAGGUCAGCUGAUCAUGCAUAACCCAAAACCUCCACCCUAAAUCACAUUGUUGGUAUUUCUGAUGUGUUGUACCCCCCCACACCAUAAGGCUAUAUAGAUUUGUCCCACCCCAGCCAUGAAUCAUACUAUCAAGGCUAUUCAGUAUGAUUCAAGAUCCCCAGGUUAAACAAAGGCAUUCCCAUGUAGCAUAAUGAUCCGCCUGUCUCGGCCUCCGAAAGUGCUGGGAUUACAGGCAUGAGCCACUACGCCUGGCCCCCUAACAUUCUUGACCAAAGAUCACAGAGCGCCUUGACCACUCUAUGAUGCAGCCAGCUACAGGUUUUUCCCUGCAGGUUUGAACCCAAAGCUGGGCCUCAGCAUUGAUAGAGAUAUCUAGGUUGUUUGCCUAAAACACAGAAAGAAACUGACUCUGGCCUUGAGAUAAAUUCCUUCAACCCUGACAUCCAUAAACUCCAGUCCCCUUGCUGCAGACGUACCUAGGGAGAAGCUCCUUGUCUCUUGCUGUCCCUCAAACGUACUGCUGCAGCCUCUGUACACAGGUUCCUCUAAUAAAUGUUUUGGACUAAUCA